AUGGCCUGCUGCACCACCAGCUUCUGUGGAUUUCCCAGCUGCUCCUGUGGGCCCUGUGGGCCCUGUGGCCCCAGCUGCUGCCAGCCAACCUGCUGCCAGACCGGCUGCUGUGGGACGGGGGGCGGCGCCGGCUGCGGCCUGGGCUGCGGCCUGGGAGGCGGCUGUGGAGCCAUGAGCUGCCGCACCAGGUGGUGCCGCCCUGACUGCCGCCUGGAGGGCACCUGCGUGCCCCCCUGCUGCGUGGUGAGCUGCACGCCCCCCACCUGCUGCCAGCUGCACCACGCCCAGGCCUCCUGCUGCCGCCCCUCCUACUGCGGACAGUCCAGCUGCCGCCCCGCCUGCUGCUGCUACUGCUGCUAG